AAUUCCAUUUUCUCAGUAAACAAAAUGGCGGAUCCGUUGAGCGUUUUAAGGCAAUUUUGGAUAAAUAAACGUAAUAUUAUAGAAAAAGAUGGAAAAAUAAUAUUUGGUGAUUUAGCAUGGAAUAAAGAUGCUAAAACUAAUUAUGUCAUAUGGGGAGCGAAAAACGAUGAUGGGUCCAAACAAUAUUACAGAUUGGACUCUUUAUUGUUUUUACUUAAAAAGCUUGAAGUACAACAUCCGUUGUAUGUCAGAGAGGCUGCGUCAGUGGGAGUUCCAGCCGUUAAUAGGCCAGAUCGUAAGGAAUUAGUUGCUUAUUUGACUGGUCGAAGCGAUACUUGUAAUGCAAUCGAUAAAAUGGUUACUAUUGAAGCCCCAAUUCAUGUGGGGCAACAAGUUCAGGAGAGUGAAAAAUCAGUAGAAGAUCUAACAGAGACAAGUAGAAAAAAGAUGAGGCUUGACUAUGUUGAAGAAGCCGAUCUUCAAAAAGAUAAAGAGCGUUUAGCUAAGAAAUUAGAAAGACCAAAGAUGAACAAUUUACAACCAGAAAAUAUGGCUGAUUCUGAACUUACAAAGAGAUUUACCAGCGAACAAAUUGCGGUGUUCAAAAUGAAAAGAUUUCAAAAAAAAAGAAAUACAAUUGUUGACCAAGAUGUCGUAAAAGUUGCAGAGGAACAACCUAGUGCUUUUGUUCAUGCCGAUAUUGACGUUACUAGAGACAUUAUGAGUAAGGAACGUGUUUAUCGCACUCGAACAUCUACCUUAUGUAGUUCUGGUCGAGAUUUUUCCAAAAAUGUUUUUGGAAUUUUACAAUCCGUAAAGGCAAGAGAAGAAGGCUCAAAACAUAAUUUCUCAACAAAUGCACCUCAUGUUCCAUCCACAAAUAAACCGCCAGUGAUAUCCUCCUAUUCAAGAUAUAUACAAGAAAGUUUCACAAGGAAUACAGAAACAGAAGAGUUCAAAAUCAACACCAUGGGUUCUUAUCAUGGUAUGACACUAAAAUCAGUAACUGAGGGUGCUUCUGCUAGGAAAACUGAACCACAAAAUAACAGUUCCAAUAUCUCUCAAAAUAACGCAAAUAGUCGUCCUGUCUCUGAUCCUCGAGCUUCUCCAGCAGUUGAUAAGCCAAGUAAACGAGUUUCAAAAACACCAAUUAUCGUUGUUCCUGCCGCUAUUACCUCUCUAAUUAAUACAUAUAAUGCCAAAGAAAUUUUAGGGGAUCUACGGUAUGUCUCCACAGAGGAACAACGGGCAAAAAAUGUCCGAAAGGAGAGUGAAGUUCUUAUACAAAGACAAAAAGCUCAAGGUGUAACCGUUCCUUAUCGAAUAAUUGAUCAACCAAUGAAGUUAAUAUCUCAAGACUGGGAAAGAGUUGUUGCCGUUUUUGUGCAAGGUCCAGCGUGGCAAUUUAAAGGGUGGCCCUUAGGUGGCAAUCCAGUCGACAUUUUUGAUAAAAUUAAAGCAUUUCAUCUAAUGUGGAAAGACAUGCCUUUGGACAGCAAUGUGUCAAAAUGGAACGUCACUGUAUUAAAAUUGGACAAGCAUAAACGUCACUUAGAUCGUGCAACCCUUCAAAAUUUUUGGGAGGUAUUAGACAAAUAUACGGCCAAAUAUAAGCCUCAGUUAAGGACGUGA